UUUCUUUGGUUAUAGUUUUAAUUUUUGUCCAUGUGGAGAAGAGACGGUCCCCACAGUAACUUCCUUUCUUUUAUUGGUGCUCUCGAAGAAGAUGCCUGCCAAAGGACCACUUCAAGCUGUUCAAGUUUUUGGGCGGAAGAAAACAGCCACAGCUGUAGCCCAUUGUAAGAGAGGUACAGGUUUGAUUAAAGUGAAUGGCCGACCUCUGGAGCACAUGGAACCUGAAAUUCUACGGGUUAAGCUGCAAGAACCUGUUUUAUUAUUGGGUAAAGACAGAUUUUCUGGAGUAGACAUCCGUGUUAGAGUUAGAGGUGGUGGUCAUGUUGCCCAGAUUUAUGCUGUACGUCAAGCUAUUUCAAAAGCCAUUGUUGCUUACUACCAGAAAUAUGUUGAUGAAGCAUCCAAGAAAGAAAUCAAGGAUGUUUUGAUUCAGUAUGAUAGAUCUCUUCUGGUAGCAGAUCCACGUCGCUGUGAGCCCAAAAAGUUUGGAGGCCCUGCUGCUCGUGCCAGAUACCAGAAAUCUUACCGUUAAUUUACCCUGGCUGUUUGCUAAUUUACUUCAAUAAAUAUUGUUCCAAAACAUCA